AUGGGUUAACUAACCUCUGUACAGUAGCUAUCCAGGCAAAUAGCUACCCGACAAUCACUAUAUGCUAACUUCACUUUUAAGUGAAGAGGUUGGGGCUUUGCAUGAUACUCCGACUGGUUAAUAAUGUGUUUUUUGUCCCCUUCGAGUAUCCGUAGAAGAUUUGUUGUGGUUUUGUUGUACCCGGAAAACGAUUUCAAGUUAGCUCGUUGGCUAUAUUUAAUACAACUUCUUACGUAUGUGUAAAUAAUAGCUUAUUGAAAUUGUAUGUAUUAAUCUCAGUUAAUAGAAAUAAUGCGAUUGCACUCGUAACGGGUAUCUGAAGCUAGUGUAUUCCCUUUAUAUGAUGUUGUAACGUCGGUCAGCUAACCUUUAGGAGCUAAGUAACAAGGUGCAGCAUGAAACCGAUGACAAUGAGGCAGUGUGUUCUCCAUGGACCUUGUGGAUCAUGUCUCUGAUCCUAUUUGCCUUUGUGGUCCGGGUGAGGGAUGGACUCCCCCUGUCGGCCUCCACAGACUUUGAACACAACCGCGAGCUCCAGGAGAGGAAGCAGCAGCUCAGGACCAUCAGCAAGACACUGGCUCGUUUCCCUGAGAGAGGGACCAUCAAGGGCCGCGACCUCAACAUCUACUUCGUCUCUUCAGAGGGUGUAUCGUACAUGACCGUGUGCCACUGCAGCCUCCCUGUUGCUCAGGCCUUCUGCUUCCUGGAAGAUCUGCGCUGGGAGUUCACAGCACGCUUCACGAGCACUGUUGUUGCCUUGGCGGCCAGGCCAUAUCCGUUUUUGGAAUUUGACAGCACCAUUCAGAAGCUGAAGCAGCAUUACAACCAGAGCGGUGGUCCGGCUCUGGAGGUGACAUUGGCAGAGGUCCAGGGGGAUCUGAGGAUCCAUCCACCACAAGUAAUUAACUUGGAGGAAGUGGAGCUCACCAACGGCACUGCAAAUGGGCACAUGGAGCAAGGUCCUGGGUCUGGUCAGAAUGGAAGACUCCAACCAGUGACAGCGGCAGGCAUCCUCUCUCUGGUCCUAAAUAUCGUGUGUGCAUCUUUGAACAUAAUCCGCGGUGUUCACCUCAUAGAGUACACAUUCCAGGAUGAUUAUGAAGGUAUGUGGAAUGUUGUGGCAUUUCUUCUGGCGUUCGUCUGCUGUCUGUUUCAGUGCCACCUCUACCUGUUCCACUCAUCUCUGAAGAAACCCAGGUCCUUCACUCUGUUGAUCGCGAUUGUCCUAUGCAACCUCCACCUGCUCGGCCCGAGGAACCCGUGGCAGCUGAUCUUCCACAUUUCGGUCGCCUCCCUCUCCACCUUCCUCAUCCUCACCCGCAAACUCCAAGACAGAACCAAUGACUGCGGGGUCUGAGGAGCAGGGGACACUUUACUGCGUUGCACCACUCACAGCUCUUUCGGUGCAGGUGAGAAAGACAGGCGAGCAAAUGUCUUGAUCCACAGGAGUUAUGAAGAUGUUGUUUGGCUUUUUAACAAAAAAACAUAUUCACGACUUUUGUGUGAUCACGGAAAAUGACAAUUAAGUUAACGUGUUCUUCUUGUAUACAGUAUGUACUUGCACUUUGUGUACAUUUCUUUGCAAGACUGUAAAAAGUAUCCAGUAAAAUGCAGUUCUCUCUGGAAACAGAUACUAACGGAAAAGCUAAAAGGAGAUGUCUGUUUUAGAAACAAAAUGUUUGUGCCAUCCUGUCCUCGAAGGUUUUUGAGGAAAAUUAAGGAUUUCUUUCAGUCAGAAUCGGUGUUUGUUUUUAUGUAGAAACAAUAAUUUCAUCCAAGCCCUAACUGUUGAAGCUGGUCAUGCUUUUGAUUAAUUUCUGCUCACGUUCAGCUCAGUAUAAUUUCUGCUCGCACAGGCCGUUGCUUAUCUUUUACAUAAUCAGUUUAUCAAUGCUAAGUGACAGUUGGUGAUUGUAACAGACAGUAGAUUUAUAUCAGUGACAGUCAAGUAAAGUGAACAAUGGAGCUAUUCUUUAUUUGGGUUCCAUUAGCUGAUCAUUAGGUGACAAUAAGAACCCAAUGCAAAGACGUAAGUGUAAAGCUGUGGGUCGUUUCAUGCCUUACUGUGUGACAAUUGUUUUUAGUUUGUUUAAUUGUGUUGACUUAUGUACAAACACACCGGCAAGUGCUCAGCUAGUCAUUGCAAAGCUUCAAAUGUAAGGGCUCUUUUAUUUAAUGACUUAAUGAAAACUACAUUCAAAACUGAGGGAAUAUGAGUCUUCUAGUCAUGUAAAGCAUGAUGUCAUCGCAUAUUAUUUUACAAAGUUUGUGAUAAAAGGAGAAUUUUACACAUGAACUCCAUUUAAGACACAUUUUGGUGUGAUCAUUACACAUUUAGACCUUUUUUAGUUUGUUUGUUUUUUCUAUUGAUAUUUGCAUUGUCACAAUAUGAACUGUGGGUCAGAAUAUGAAAGCACUGAUUCGACGGGUAAAAUGCUAUUUCAAUUUGUUGGAACAAAGAUGUUUGACUGCACUAUUAGGCUUUAGAUAUGUUUGUGUUGGUUAUGGCAAUUGUUCUUGAAUGUGUUUCAUAUCUGGUUCAGCUAUUUAUAUCCUGAUUUAUGUUUACUUGGUUGAGUUUUUUUUGUCUUCCUUCAGGGUUUAUAACACCGCUCAGUACCUGUAGAUCGUAAUAAACACAGAAAUCAUACGGUAAUAAUCUAUGUCUGCAUAUAGAACGGUAGCGCUGCGUAAUGAAUAGGCAAAUACUCCUUUUAGUUACUUUUUAUAGCAUUUUGUGUAUUUAUUUAAUAAGUUGCACUAAUGUCAGUUAAGUGAGGGAGCAGAUUAGUAGUUCAUAGUGUUUGUCAGACAAGUAGAGUUGUGGCAUUGUGUCCUUUUUAUUAGACUAUUUUAUCAGGAAAGUUAGAAGGAAUUUUACAUGAAAGGAGUUCAUCAUUUUCAGUUUGUUCUCAAGUAGAUUGUGCUAUCUGGGUAUUUUGGUUAAUUGCUGAGAAUUGGACUGGCUCAGUGACUUCUGAUGCUGUGUCCAAACACUCGUUUAAAUGAGGUUUUCUUGGAUCAGGGUCAUUUCAAAUUCCAUAAAUAAGUGAAACUUUCUGGUGUUUUCUGUGUAGGACAUUGGUGACGCUGUAAUAUAUUUGAUACAAAUUAGGUUUCACUGACUCACCAUUUUCCACUGUAGCCUACAAGUUGUUGACCAAAUGAAUUGUAAAAUAAUGUUGCCGCCAAUAUUCUAAAGAUGUAGAACCAAAUAAUGUGGGGGGGUAUUUAAACAAAAUGGAAAUGAAGCAUUGUGUUGUUGAUUAUGAUGGUUUAUAAUAUUUAGUAGAAAUUCACUGUACAAUUGAAACAUAUGGCAGCCUUCUCUUUUUAUGUUUGUUAAGUCUGAUCUGAAUACAGGAAACACUUUGAAAGUCAUUCAGGUUCAGAAUUAUGUUUAUUUGGACGUUUUCUUCAUGUUCAAUACAAAACACAGUCAGCAGAAAGCUGUUAUUUGUAAUCGGACUCGUGAGGUUGAUUCAGUGGUUUUUCGUGACUGCAACCUGUUUGUAACGAUGGAAAGUGACGUAACUAUGUCAUUCAUUGUAACUGCCAAAUACACUGGUGAUCACAGGGCUUUAUUAUUUCCUGCUGUGGUGAAACUGACAUUUCGUUAAUAAAUAGUGUCUUUUUUCCAUUUGUUGAUCUUUGAUUUGUGUGUCUCUAAGAUAUGAUUACCUCCAUGUUCAGCAGUGAUCAGACAACACAAAGAUGUUUUUAUUAUUAGGCUAUUUUACUUUUUAAAGUGUGUCUACAUCCAGAUAAGAAGAGUUUUAAGCAAAGCACUUGGAACAUCAAAUGUAAAUUCAUUGAUGUAUAUUUUCCAAUAUUACACCAGAUGGAGCCCUUUCACAAUUUACUGAUCUUCAUUGAAGUUUGUGGCAGCAAAGAGUGUCGUUCAGUUAGUUUUAUUUUAUUAGUUGAUAUUUAUUAAUAUAAGUUCUGCUACAGCCUCAGCCCAAAUUAACAUUAGGCCACAGGUCAAGCACAUCAAAGUUCACAUUGAUGUUUAAACAGCUGGAAGAGUGAAAUCAAGUACAAUAUUUCAUACUUUAUCCCCAUUGUAAAUAGACUAUAAGGAAUUUGUGUUAAUUUAAAGUCCAGAUAAAAUAUCUGUAGAGUCAUGUAAGAGUUUUGCUCAAUGACAAAAUCAACUAGCAUUUUAGUUUACUUAAAAACACUGCUAAUUUUCAUCAGAUAAACAGUUUAUGUUGCCAACUUGUAGAACAAACACAGAUGGCCGUGGUUAGACAAUGCUUGGGGAGUUGAGUGCAAUCGUACUCUGCAGGCUGCUGGCGCUGAUAUUACAUAGGGCAUUUGUAAAGUGAAAGUUUAUUUCUUGUGCCUCUAAUCCGGGCAAAUGUCUUGCACAUCAAAAUAUUGACUUGGGCUUUGAUCAAAGUUACAAUAAAGAAGACAGCUUUUGGUGUGACGUGGUGGUGUCUGACGUGUUCUGUCAGUUUAAGACAGAGGACAUAAAUCUAUUUGAGGGUGAUGGAUAACACUCCGUUUCAACACAAUCA